AUGGCACACAACGAUCAUCCCACCCGCGAUCGCUCAGUAUUCAAGCAUGAAAAACUCGACCACAACAAACGAUCGAUCCGGCUCUUCAGAAUUCUACCUGAGCUGUCAUAUAACGGUCUCAUCCAAUGUGAAUUGUGGCACACCAAUGUAGAAGACGAAUAUGACUGUCUUUCUUACGUAUGGGGCCCAGAGGGAGAUGAGCAAGAAAUCUUAGUCAACGGCAAGAGCUUGCAAGUCCGCAAGAAUCUAUGGACUUUCUUGAAUACGAUUCGUCCAAAGUAUGCCAUUUCACAGCGCGCAAUUUGGACAGAUUACAUUUGCAUCAAACAAAACUCUCGUUCGGGACACAAUAAGAGCUCCAACUCAGAGCUCAACCACCAGGUUGCCAUGAUGCAUAGAAUCUACUCGGGGGCCCGAGAGGUUGUUGGAUGGCUGGGCUACAGUGAUCGGAUAGAACGAGCCUUUGUCUUUUGGCGCGAGUUGAACGCCUUGAAACCCAAGACACAUGAUGAAACCCUAAGGAUAUGGAAAAAUCAUAUAAAAGAGCGAAACAGAGAGCUGAAGAAAGACUGGAAUGAGCUAGCGGAGAAUUCAUACUGGAUAAGAGCAUGGAUUACACAAGAGAUACUCUCUGCGAGAAAACUCAGGCUUCUUGCUAACAACUCGGAAGUCGAGGUUGGUAAAGUUCCAGGUAUCUCGAAGCUAGUGCCCGAUCGCGGUCAAUCAGAUAGCCACCCCCGGGUUUAUACUAGGACACAAACUUUCCACACUUAUCUGGGAGCCUUGUGUGAAUCACAGAAGGUCAUGGGUAGCAGCUUCAUUUCGCUCUUCCACGUACUGCCUGGGAGAGAGUGUGAGAAUCCCCGGGACCGCAUCUAUUCUCUCCGAUCCAUUGCUUCAGAUGGAGCCUCCAUCGUCGUUGAUUACGACAGUUCCGACAAGGAAGUACUGUUCCAACUUCUUGGGGUCUUCAAAAACUCCUUG